UCCCUGUCUCUCUCCUCCACUCAGGAGGAUGCGUUCGGGGAAGCUGCGCGUGGCGGUGAUAGGUGCCGGGGCGGCGGGUCUGUGUGCCGCGAGACACAUCCUGGCGCGGGGGGGCUCCUUCUCCCCCCCCACGGUGUUCGAGCUGAGCGAGCGGGUCGGGGGCACCUGGGUCUACGAGGAGCGAGUCGGCAAGGAUCAGAGAGGCAGGACUGUGCACAGCAGCAUGUACCGGGACCUGAGGACCAACAUCCCGAAGGAGGUGAUGGCGUUCCCGGACUUCCCGUUCGAGAAGCGGCUCCCCUCGUUCGUGCAUCACUCGGAGGUGCGGCGCUACCUGGAGCAGUACUGCCAGCACUACAGGCUGAGAGAACACAUCCAGUUUGGCACCUCCGUGGAGUCUGUGAAGCCGGUGGCUACGGAGAAGGGGUGGCGUGGGCUGGCGUGGGACGUCACCACCUCUGACGUGACUGGAACAAAAGAGACGACCACCGAGCGGUUUGACGCAGUGAUGGUGUGCAACGGGCACUUCUUUGACCCUUAUAUCCCACCCAUUCCUGGCCUGGAGAAUUUCAAGGGCACUCUGAUGCACAGCCAUGACUAUCGCUGUCCGGAGCCCUUCGCUGGACAGAGUGUUCUGCUGCUGGGGGCCGGUCUCUCUGGGCUGGACAUCGCCCAGGAGCUCUCCGCGGUGACCAGUCCGGUGACCCUGAGCCACAGCCAGGCCCCCCUGCGCAGCCUGCUGCCCCGGGGGAUGCUGGAGGCCCCUGGGGUGCAGCGUGUGCUGGGGGACGGGGCCCUGGAGCUGGGGGACGGGAGUCUCGUCCGGCCGGACGUCUUCAUGUUCUGCACCGGAUAUAAAUUCACCUUCCCCUUCCUGGAACCGGGGGAGCUGGGGCUGCAGCUCAGGAGCCACAUGGUGUCCCCCCUGUACAAGCACCUGCUGCACACAGCCUUCCCCUCCCUGUCCAUCGUGGGGCUCUGCAGAGCCAUCUGCCCCUUCCCCCACUUCCACUGUCAGACCCAGUUUGCCCUCUCUGUGCUCGAUGGCUCCUUCACGCUGCCCUCACGUGAGCAGAUGGACCGGGAGGUGGACACUGAGAUCCGGAGGCUGCUGGACAGCGGCGUCCCCCUGAGACACGUCCUGAAGCUGGACGCGGAGCAGUGGGAUUACAACGACCAGCUGGCCGCACUGGGGAACUUCCCAGCCCUGCCCCCCUACUGGAGGAGCCUCUACCAGGCGAACAAGGAGUUCAGAGCAACAGACCUGCUGAACUACAAGAGAUACAACUACCAGGUGCUGAGCGACACGGACUGGAGCGUGGAGAGACAUCCGCACUGAGAGAGGGGGAGAGAGACACAGAGAGAGAGAGAGAGGAGAGACACACACACUGAGAGAGAGGGGAGAGACACACACACUGAGAGGGGGGGGGGGGAAGAGAGAGAGAGAGAGAGAGAGAGAGAGAGAGAGAGAGAGAGAGAGAGAGAGAGAGAGGGGUGGGAGAGACACACACACACACACAGAGGGGAGAGACACACACACACACACUGAGAGAGAGAGGGGAGACACCCGCACUGAGGGGGGGGGGGGGGGGGGAGAGAGAGAGAGAGAGAGAGAGAGAGAGAGAGAGAGAGAGAGAGAGAGAGAGAGAGAGAGAGAGAGAGAGAGGGGUGGGAGAGACCACUGAGAAAGAGACACACACACAGUUCAUCAAGCAGAUAAAUGUAAUAAUACAAAUAAACUCUGUACAAACACAA